AUGGAGGGCGAAGACAGGCUAGUCAGUGUCAUCCCCGUCCACUUCACCAACGCCCUCCUGCCCAAUGUUCAUUUGCACCAAUAUCCUCUCCUUACUCGCCCCCUCGAGGUCCCGCCAUCAGCCGCAGCGAGCGGGAAGCGCAUCUCCGCGCGCGUGAAGUCGAAGGUCAAGCGUCUCGAAAUCCACGUCCCCGUCGACACGCGCGGUGAAGUCUGGAAUCCGGAGCGGUCGAAGGACCUCGGCUCUGCGCGAGUAGAGGAUGACAAGGAGAAGAACCAGGAGCUUCCUAAGGUGAAACAGAGGGAGGGCGAGGACGCAAGAUUAUCGGAAGUGCGCAUGCGCAGUGAACAGGUCCCUCACUCGGGGACUUAUGUUCUGGGUGUACUGAGAGAAGGUCGUCUACACCUACAUCCAAUCAGCGAGACCCAUCAGUUCCGACCUACCAUGACCUACAUGGACAUGCACACGCGCAAAACGAGACGAGGUCGUGGCGGGGAUGAUUCCGAUGAGGACGAUGGCCCACCGCCAGAUCCGGAUGAGCCUGCGCCCGCACCUGCACCGAAGAAAGAGAAGAAGCCAACAGGCGAGGCCAGGGAAGUUCAGGUAGCGGUACGGAAAACUGGGGAGAGCUCGGGACCACAGUUCCAGGGUGGCAUGACCCAGGUCCGGAGGGAAAUGCUGACCUUGAUCCAUGCGGAGGAGGACGAACGUUGGGAGGACUUCGACUACUGUGGCGGAGAGACCGCAGAGGCGAACGAAGCGUUCGAGUCGGUGUUUUCGACCUCGUUCCAAGAGCUAGAGUGUAAAACCGAUAUCACAACUCUGCUGAAAGACGUCCCUGGUUUGUAGCCGUUCUUCUCUCAGAUCUCAAUGUUGUAUCAUAUCCUCGCUGCUGCUGUCCGGAACGUAUCCGGGC